CUUUUCUUUCUCUUACCCCCCUUCUAUUUUUGAUCAGGUACGCGUAUCCGCUUUCCUUCUGAGGUACUAACAAGAGUGCUCUUAGCCCAAAGAGGGGAGGAAAUGAUGUCUUUAAAGCUCAUGCUCCUGGGUCUGGAGGAGGUGCCCGCUCCCCUGUGUUACACUUCGCCUGACAUACAAAUUAGCAGAUGCCAACUAGGUACUUUCUCUUGGAAUUUUUGCUGACCCAAUCAGAAGUUUCGCACUAAAAGUGCUUCAGAGGACCUUGGGGACGAUGGGGUUAGCUAGCGACAGGCGUUACGACAGGCGUUACAUCCCCUGGGAAGAGAGAGAGAGAGGGAGGGGUCUUUAAAAGGGCGAAUGUUCACCUACGAGAGUGAUCUUGAACCAUCACAUCCUCCGGAUCUCUAUAUCUCUCUUUCUCUCCUCUGAUAUUUGAUAAUAAAUCUUCUAGAUUACGGAUCGAGAGACAUCACCAUCAUUGACUCUUUUGCCUUGCCCACGAUGGAACCAAGCCUACUACACCCGUUCGUCGUCCAAGCCGUGAGCAAAGAAGGAGACGACGUUGGUACCUGCGAGACGGGUAACGAUUACGACGGUCGGGUUGGGCUCCGUGUCUCCUCGAUUUUCGUGAUCCUGGCUGGCUCGCUUCUAGCGACACUCUUGCCUCUUCUAGUGAAGAGGUUCGGGGAACGUGGUGCUCAUCGUCAGGUGGCUUUUGCAGAUGCAGAAGGAGAAGGACAAAGAACAGGAGGGGAAGGGCGGGGAAGGACGGUAUGGCCCCUGCUGCUCUUCAUCAGUCGGUACUUUGGUUCAGGGAUCAUCAUCGCGACGGCCUUUAUCCACCUUCUCGCCCCCGCAGAGGAAGCACUGAGGAAUGAGUGUUUGACUGGAGUUAUUGCGGAAUACUGCUGGGUGGAGGGGAUUAUCCUCAUGACGAUCGUCAUAAUGUUUAUGGUGGAGUUCAGUGCGAUGCGGUACACAUUGCCUGGCGAGGGUAUUCCAGCCAAAAGUGGCAACGAGCAAGGAAAGAACCAUUACAGGAUUGGGGAGGAGGAAGGUGUGCUGUCGAGCGAUGAUCUCAAUGACCGAUACCAUCUCUCGGCGGCAGAGAAAGAUCGACCCGGGAGCGACUACACGGCGCAACUAAUCGGCCUCUUCAUCCUCGAAUUUGGAAUCAUCUUUCACUCCAUCUUCAUCGGGCUGACCCUCGCCGUGGCCGGCGGAUCCGAGUUCACAACACUCUACGUCGUCCUCUUCUUCCACCAAACCUUUGAAGGCCUCGGACUCGGCUCCCGUCUCGCAAAAAUUCCGUGGCCUGCUGCCUCGCGGAUGAAGCGCUGGACCCCCUACAUCCUGGCCAUUGCUUACAGCGCAACCACCCCGAUCGCCAUUGCCAUUGGCCUCGCGGUGCGCACCACCUACCCACCAUCUGGCCGCACCACGUUGAUCGUCACUGGUGUCUUUGAUUCCAUCUCGGCGGGUAUCCUGAUGUAUACUGGGCUGGUGGAAUUGCUCGCGCACGAGUUUAUUUUUGGUGGGGAGAUGCAUCGGGCGCCCUUGCGGACAGUCUGGUCGGCUUUUGCGCUGCUGUGUCUUGGCUCUGGGCUGAUGGCGUUGCUUGGUAGAUGGGCUUAGAGAGGGUAGACUAACUAUGUGGUGGGCAAAAACAAAGGGAUUUGGGGCCGGGAGUGUUUUGGGCCGGGGGUGGUGGGGGGCGAGGUGGUUAGGCAUUGACAGCUUGCGGUCAAGAGCUUUGUUAAUAAUUGCCUUAAUACCUUCCCGGUCACCCACGCGGUGAAGUUAUCCAUGAAAGCAAUCGCCCCCCCUCGGCUGUUGAUCUGUCGUUGCACGAGGUCUGCGUUGAAGAAAAGGAAUAGGAUUGGCGAUAGGGGAGAGCCCUGCGGUAGUCCAGCCUGUGGGAGGCUUUGUACCUCAGACCCUUGCCCAUUGAUUUGGAUGGUCGCUGUUCGUUCCAAGCAGAAGGCCUCGACCCACCAGAGCAGCUUUUCUGGUAUGCCUCGCGCUUUCAUCCUCUGGAGUAGUCUUUCUUUGCAGACCCCAUUGUAGGCUCCUUUGACAUCGAAGCUAAUCAAGCUCACGACCCGUCGGCCACGCCAGGCCGUGUAUAUUUGCUCUUGCAGGAGCAGGAGUGCCUGUUCCACUGAUCGCUGUUUUUGAGCUCCAAAGUGACUGGUUGGGAGCAGGCCGUACGUCUCCACUGCGUGCGAGAUUCUUUCUGCCACCACCGAUUCCAGGACCUUGCCCAGUGUCGCGAGAAGUGAAAUCGGCCUCCAAGCUUUUGCAAUGGUGUAGUUCUCUUUGUUUGGCUUUUUGAGUGAUAUGAUUUUUGCAUGUCUCCACUAACUUGGUAACGUGCCCUCUUCCAGCAACGUUUAGAACAGGUCAAGAACCCUGUGUUUGACCGCGGGCCAGGUCAUCUUCCAAACUAUCGCUCCUGCGCCGAUCGUUGCUUCUGCAGCCUUCUUAACCUUAAUGCUUCGCAGAUGGCAGAAGCAGCCGGUUGCCAUAAACGAACCAUCAAAAGACAUCGCUCGCAUGUGCGACUGUUCGGUAGCGUGACGGCACCUCCUAAUAAAGGGGGUCGACCACGAAGCAUCACACCGCUCAUGAUUCAAG